AAUGGGGCAAUUCAAACAGAGCCAUGCACAUGCAAAUACACUCCAAUCAUUGCGUUUGUUAAAUGAGAUGGCAAAAUAGAGCGAUACCGAUUUCUAUUGAUUGUGACAAUGGCGCGUAAACAGAGACACACUGUCAGUUGAAAUCACAAUCAAGUUUUUGUGCAUCUUUAAAAAUGUGUGUUUAGUUGGGUAAUUUGUGUGAUAGUUUUCGGUCCCAACGUUAUCGAUUUGAAAUUUUCUCUAUAAAUUGCUUGAUAAAAUCGUAAGAAAAUUCAUUUUGUUGUGUGAUCAUUCGUUGAUGAAAAAAGUGCACCAAAAACCGAACUUAACCUGCAAAAAUUGUUUUAAAAAAUGGCACAAAUCAAUGGUGUCUUUUUAAAGUCUUUUUAUUUAAUAAUACUUGUAAUUGUUUUCAAAUAUAAUGAUUUGCGAUCAGCAUUCAACAGAAGCGAUUUUAGUUUAUUGAAUUUUGAGUACAUCAAAAAUGAUUUAUUCACCAAAGGCGAUUUUAGCGCAUUAAACGAUAGAGAAUGUGUCACGGAGUUGGAAACAGUUGCGAAUGCAUUGAUGAAUUCCGAAGAAUGGGCAUUGAAACUGUUGGAUGCAUGGGGAAAAUUUCCAUCGGGAUUAUUCAGUGGGAAUUUUCAUGACUUUGGCGAAUUUUCACAAUGUUUCAGUAUCAAGCGGAAUGGUGAACUGUAUAGAUCGCAGUAUUGUUUGGGGCAUUUAUCGUUUGACGUGGAAGGCUGGCUUCAACAAAAACCAAAUCAACACAUAAAACAAAUUCUGGGCGCUCCAGACUUGUUGGAAGUACGAAAUAUACGCGGUGCCGUGCCAAAAUUUGACGGUGGUCCAGGAUUUACAUUUGGAGUCUGUGUUCCGGCUGCUUGUUCUCUGAACAUGUUGGAGCCCAUCAUCAACAAAUUAAUCCAUGCCAAAACGAAAAAUGUGUCGAUCAGUUUUAACACAAACACUUGCCAGCUGGAAGAAAGCCCUUCUGAAUUGAGCACUUUGGACACGGCUGCAAUUGUUUUUCUGGGAAUAAUCUUCUGUUUGAUUGCGACGAGUACCAGUUACGAUAUCCUUUACACCAGCAAAAAUCGCGAAAAAUCUCGAGUACUCUUGGCAUUUUCUUUUUAUACGAAUGGACAAAAGCUACUUUCCUACAAAGAAUCCAAUUCGCCGAACAUGUUGAGCUGUUUGCAUGGGAUACGUGUUAUUACAACACUAUGGGUGGUUAUCGGUCAUACAUUUCUCAUGUUUAUAAUGCUCCCGAAUCAAAAUUUAAUUGCAAUUCCCACGUUCAUUACAAAAUAUCAUGCGAUGUUCAUUGCUUCGGCACCGGUUAGUGUUGAUACUUUCUUUGCAAUCAGUGGAAUCUUGGUGUCAAUCAACAUGCUGAAAUAUCUGGAGAAAAGUAAAGGAAAGAUGAAUAUUCUCCGGUUGUAUCUGCACCGAUAUCUGCGACUUACUCCGCUUUUGGCUGUAACCAUUCUACUUUCCAUGUCACUAGCGAGAUUCUCUGGAAGUGGCCCACUUUUUCCCUACAUGGUGGGAUUUUUCAGCGAACAGUGUGAACGAAAUUGGUGGGCGACAUUGCUUUAUAUUCAAAACUAUGUUUACCCUGACGAUAUGUGUCUUCUUCACACUUGGUACCUGUCUGUCGAUAUGCAACUAUUCUUCGUUGCGCCAUUCAUUGUUUACAUGAUAUACUUUUUCAAAUCCAGAGCAUUGUAUGUUCUUUCAAUGCUGGUCAUCGCUUGCGUUGGCGGAACGAUUGCAAUACAUGAAUAUUAUCAAUUUACGGCUUUAAUGAAGGAUGGAAAAUUGGGGUUAGCAUACAUUACAACGCACGUUCGAUUUUCAUCUUGGCUCAUUGGUGUCAUUGCCGGAUACUUCUUUGUUGAAGCUCGCAAAAAAUCAGUGCAAAUUCCAAAACUGGUCAACCUAUUGGCUUGGGCAAUAUCUUUGGUGUCGAUGUUGAUUGUGAUCCUUGCAAAUUAUCCACUCAUGCAACUUGAUUCUACGGCAUCCCCUCUACAGUUUGGAUUAUAUGAUGCGUUGAGUCGAGUUGUAUGGUCGAUUGCCAUAUGUUUCAUCAUUUUCGCCUGUGUGAACAAUCACGGAGGUGUUGUCAACAGAUUUUUGUCGCAUCCGUUAUUGCAGCCGAUCUCAAGACUCUCCUAUUCAAUCUAUUUGUUGCAUAUUGGAGUAAUCAUGGCUACUGCGUCAGCAUUAAACGUCCCACUGUACUUCAGUGUAUCAAAUGCGAUUAACGUUUCCAUUUCGGUUUACGUCAUCACUAUUUUUGUAUCGAUCAUAGCAUCUCUAGCAUUCGAGUCACCCAUUGUGAUAAUCGAGAAAUUCAUCUUCGGUUCAAUAAACAAGCCCGAUACCCACACGGAGAACGAACAACAAAAUCAGUCAGAAAUUCCAAAUGAACCAAAGGAUAAUGAUACAAACUCGAUUCUGAAUUCACCAACAAUUUCUGAUGACACCGAAGAAGUUUUAGCAGCAUUGAAUUUACCAUAUCGAGGCCUAAUCAUAAAAAUUCUCAAGAAAUUGAAACAAUCGGAGAUGUUAAAUACCGAACAAGGAGAUGCUUUUGGUUGCCAUGGUCCGAGCGAAGUGGUUAAAGAUACAUCGAAUUGCCGAGCCGAAUCAGAUACCGCAAAUGGGCAACAUGAAAAUCAACAAAAUCAGCCAGAAGUUCAGAAUGAACCAACGGAGAAUGAUACAAACUCGAUUCUAACUCCACCAACCAUUUCCGAUGAUACCGGAGAAGUUUUGGAAGCUUUGGAUUCAUCAAUGCGAUUGUUAUAUAACAACAACAGAGAUAAACAGAUGAAAAUGGCGAAAGUCCAAAUUGAAUUUUCAUUUUUAAUAUUGUUUAUUAUCAGUAUUAAAUUCAAUCAUGCGAAGCUACAAACCAAUGAAUCAAAUCUCAAUUUUAUCGAGUUUGAACAAAUGAAAAGUGAUCUGUUUUUGAAGAGUGAUUUUGAUAUUUUGAACUUGCCAGAUGGAUAUAGCCUGAACGAAUUGACUCAACUUUUGAAAUGUUUCAAAGAAUUAGCUGCUAUCCAAAAAGGAUUAAAGAACCAUGAAGAGUGGGCUAUGAAAAUUUUAGAUUCAUGGGGCAAAAUUCCGAGCGGUAUUUUAAGUGGAAAUUUCUACGAAUUUGGCGAUUUUUCGCAAUGUCUCAACAUCAAACGAAAUGGUACACUAUAUAAAACGCAGUACUGUAUGGGACAAUUGGCUUUGAAUAUGGACACUUCAACUUUAGUUCCAAGAUCGCACAUGAAUAAUAUUAACGUUCCAAACGUUUGGAAGACCGAAGAUCCAACGAUCACACCACGCAUGGCUAUCGCACCGCAAUCAAAUGGACUUGGGUUUAAAUUUGGGACUUGUAUGCCAGCUACUUGUUCUUUACAUCUAUUGGAACCGAUUAUCAAUGACAAAAUUUUGAAAAACGGUAGCAUAAUAUCCGUCAAAUUUCCAGAAAACACGUGCCAAUUCGAAGAAACGGCUUCAGAAUUCAGGACAAUUGACACAGUCACAAUUAUGUUAUUGGCAUUCGUUCUGUGUCUGGUAGUAGCGAGCACCUGUUAUGACGUGAUGUGUACUAUAACAAAUUGCACCAAAUCUCAAGCACUUUCGGCAUUUUCAUUCUUUACAAAUGGAUUGAAAUUGCUUUCCAAUAAAAAGACCAAGUCAUUGGACAUGAUGUAUUGUUUGCAUGGAAUUCGAGCCAUUUCUACACAAUGGGUUGUCCUUGGUCACACUUUUCUCAUGUACGGCAUGCUACCAAUCAGAAAUACCGCUUUAAUACCUGAGUUCAUGUCGCGAUACCAUAAUAUGAUCAUCCUUUCCGCACCGAUUGCCGUCGACACAUUUUUCGUUUUGAGUGGACUCUUGGUGUCAAUCAAUAUGCUGAAACAUCUCGAUAAAACUCAAGGAAGAAUAAAUAUUUCUCUCUUAUAUUUCCAUCGCUACCUGCGGCUCACGCCACUUCUGUUCAUUUCUGUGCUGUUUUCGAUGUCUUUGCUUCGAUUCUUUGGAAGUGGACCACUUUGGUCGCAAUUAAUGAAUAUAAAUACGAAUUGCGAGAAAUAUUGGUGGUCAACUUUAUUAUAUGUGCAAAAUUACGUUAAUCCAAAUGAUAUUUGCUUCGGUCAUUCUUGGUAUUUAUCCGUCGAUAUGCAACUUUUCCUAAUUUCACCGGUUAUUAUUUAUCUGAUGUACAAGCUUAGGAUGAUAUUAAUGCCGAUUUUAUUGGCACUUGUCCUGGUGUGCAUUGGAUUGACCAUUUUUGUUCACUUACAUUUUGAUUUAACGAACAUGCUUACGAAAAUGGACAAAGCAUAUUAUCCCACGCAUAUCAGAUUCUCGCCUUGGCUGAUCGGUGUAAUGGCAGGAUUUAUUUUCGUUGAAGCUAGGAAAAGACCAGUUCGAAUUCCACAAAUAUUCAACCUUUUUGCUUGGGUGUUGUCUUUAGCUUUGAUGGUGGCUGUAAUCUUUGUCAAUUAUCCACUGCAACAGAUCGGUUCGAAAUCUGUUCCAUUAGAUUACGCACUCUAUGAUAGUUUGAGUCGUGUUGCAUGGGCCAUCGCUUUAAUCUACGUGAUUUUUGCUUGCGUUCAUGGAUAUGGUGGCCCAGUCGAUUGGUUUCUUGGUCAUCCAUUAUGGCAACCGAUUUCCAGACUUUGCUAUUCAAUUUAUCUACUGCAUUUCCCAGUAAUUUUGAUCACAAUGGGCACUAUGAAAGCACCACCUUAUUUCACGGAAUUGACUGCGUUUCACGCUUUCAUUGGAAAUUAUGGUUUAACUGUGUUCGUGGCAAUAAUAGGUACACUUGCAUUUGAAUCGCCGAUUUUGAUUAUUGAAAAACUAAUGUUCAGUACAGGCAAAAAACCUGACAACAGUAACACUAAUAUUGAACCGAAUAGAUUGCAGAACAAUACUGCAGAAAGCAGAUCCAAUGUUGACACCUGAAGCUUGUAAUCUAAAUUUAUAUCGAAUUUUUGAAUAAAGAUUCAAAAUGAAAUGAACUA